AACUAUAUUAUAUUCUAUCCGUGUCCAUAAUAAUAAGAAUAUAUAGUAAUAUGUGUGAAUAAUGAAGCCACAACCCCAAAUCAACACACACCACAAUCACCACCAUGGCCAAAUUUCACUUCUCAACCUUAAUCCUCAUCUCCUUCAUCUUCAUCACCACCAUUUCCACAGCAAAAUCCCACUCUUUCGUACAAACCAUUUCCCCAACAACACUAGGACUCCACAAACCUCAAAAACUAAGCCACAUCCGUUUCUACUUCCACGACAUCAUCGGCGGCAAGAAUCAAACCGCCAUCCGAGUCGCCUCAUCACCAGCCAGCGACAAAUCUCCAACGGGAUUUGGUUCGGUGAUGAUGAUGGACGACCCGUUAACUGCAAAGCCGGAGUUAGAUUCCCAGAUUGUGGGAAGAGCUCAGGGAAUAUAUGCUUCGGCUUCGCAGAGUGAAUUGGGUUUUCUAAUGGUACUUAACUUUGUUUUUACUCAAGGGAAAUAUAAUGGAAGUAGUUUGAGUGUUUUGGGGCGGAAUACGGUGGAAUCUGCCGUGAGAGAGAUGCCGAUUGUCGGUGGUAGUGGGCUGUUCAGAUUCGCGCGUGGGUAUGCUCAUGCUUCUACUCAUUCUAUUAUUACACUUGAAGCUGUUGUGGAGUAUAAUGUUUAUGUGUUCCAUUAUUAAGAUAAUUGAGAUUAAUAUUGUUGUUAAUUUCUGUAUGCAUAGUUGUGUCAUUCACUUUUAUAAUUUUCAUGUUAAGCCCAUGUAAUGAAUGGAGAUUUUAUUUUUUAUAUAUAUAAUUGUGAAGAAAAAAGUUAGAAACAAA